AAGGAUUCAUAAUGCACCAACUUUUGUCUAAAACACAUAAGGAAGCAAAAUUUAUGUACUGUAGCUUAUAACACUGGUGGUAUAAGCAUUUGAGUGCUCCAAAUAGCAAUAUCCUGCUUCCGUUUCAGUUCCUGCCCUAACCCCCUUUCCUUUUCUAUCAUUCAAGCCGUAUUCCUCAUUUUUCAAUGGAAGCUGCAGCUGUGGCUACUCAUCCGGUCGUCAGAGUGGCGGGAAUCUGUGGCUCUCUGCGGAAAGGUUCACACAACCGCGGUCUCCUCCGCGCAGGUUAUGUCAAUCGAGAUUUGAUUGUGAGAUUUGGAUGCUGAUCUAGUAGUGAACUUGUUGUAGCAAUGGAGAUAAGCAAGGAAGAGAUUAAAGGGAUGGAAAUAGAGCUCGUGGAUAUAUCGGCGUUGCCGUUUCUAAACACGGAUCUCGAGGUUGAUGGAACCUACCCUCCGAUCGUGGAGGAGUUUCGCCAGAAGAUUCUCCAAGCUGACAGCAUCAUUUUUGCCUCCCCAGAGUACAACUACUCCGUCACUGGACCGUUGAAAAAUGCAAUAGAUUGGGCAUCUCGACCCCCAAACGUUUGGGGAGACAAAGUGGCUGCGAUUGUUGGUUCCAGAGGAGGCUUUGGCGGGGGGAGAGCACAAUAUCAUCUCCGCCAGAUAGGAAUCUACAUUGACCUUCAUUUCAUUAACAAACCCGAGUUUUUCCUCAAUGCUUUAAAUCCCCCUCCCAAGUUUGACAGUGAUGGUAAUCUGAUUGAUGCUGAAAGCAAAGACAAGCUAAAAGCUCUUCUUCUCUCCUUACAAGCAUUCACAUUGAGGCUGCAAGGUAAGACCAGCGCGUGACGAUGGGUUCUUGUUGCCUUCGUUUCAAGGCAGUUAGUGUUUCAUAUUGGUCUCUUAUUGAAGAAGUGUGUGUAGCCACAAAUAAUUAUAUAUGCUCUGUGUUGUAAUUUCAUGAGUAAUAAAUCAUAUAUAAUAGGUGAAACUGAGUUAUUAUGCACAUUUCAAUUAUUAUCUACAUAAAUAUGUGUGUGUGCCCCAAAUCGGGAACUUCAUUUCGAAACGGAUGAGGUAUAUUCUUUUUAUCCUGUUUAUCUUAUCAUUUUUCUUUAUACC